GCUUCAAGCAAUUGGAAGCUUUUUUUCUGAAACUUUUCUGCAAUUUAUCAUCAAAUCUCUUGUUUGCAUCAUGUUUUCUGCUUAAUAAAUUUGUUUUCUUUGCUUAAUUAUGUCUUAAGGCAUUUAAUUCUCUUACAAUGACAUAUAUAUAUCUAUAUAUAGACACAUACACAAACAUACAUAAAACAUAAACACUGCAUUGAAUCUUUGGUGGUUGGAUUAUUUUGCAAUGGUGUCGGAAAAGAACCAAUCGAAACAUGUCUGCGUGAUCGGUGCAGGACCGUCGGGAUUGGUAUCGGCGAGGGAGCUGAAGAAGGAAGGUCACACAGUCACAGUUUUGGAGCAAAAUUAUGAAGUUGGAGGGCAAUGGCUGUAUGAUCCAAAUGUAGAGUUUGAGGACCCAAUGAGUAUUCACAGUAGUGUUUAUGCUUCUCUUAGAUUAACUUCACCAAGAGAGAUCAUGGGCUUCAGUGAUUUCCCUUUUAUUGCGAAGAAAGGCAGGGAUAUGCGAAGAUUUCCCGGUCACAGUGAACUGUUUUUGUAUCUGAAGGAUUUCUGCCAAUGGUUUGGAUUGAGAGAAAUGAUAAGGUUUAAUACAAGAGUUGAGUAUGUUGGAAUGGAGAACAUGAAAUGGAUUGUGAGGUCUAAAGAGAAGAAGAGUGAAAAGAUCAUUGAAGAGAUCUUUGAUGCUGUUGUUGUUGCCACCGGUCACUACUCUAAGCCAAGAAUGCCUGUAAUUAAAGGUAUGAAUGAAUGGAGGAGGAGGCAGAUUCAUAGUCAUGUGUAUCGAGUUCCUGAACCAUUCCGUGAUGAGGUUGUUAUGGUUGUUGGAAAUUCACUUAGUGGUCAGGACAUAUCAACGGAGCUUGUAGAAAUUGCAAAAGAAGUUCAUAUUAGUGCAAAAUCACUUCAAGUCUCUGAAGGAUUGUCGAAAGUUAUAUCGAAACAUCAAAAUCUUCAUCUGCAUGUGCAGAUAGACACUUUGUUUGAAGACGGCCGGGUUUUGUUCAUCGAUGGUUCAUUGGUUAUCGCUGAUUCAAUCAUUUACUGCACAGGCUAUUCAUACUCAUUCCCAUUCCUUGACACAAAAGGAAUAGUUGUCGACGAUGACAGAGUAGGACCAUUAUAUGAGCACACAUUCCCUCCUUCACUUGCGCCGAGUUUGUCAUUUGUCGGCAUUCCAAGAAAGCUCAUCGGAUUCCCAUUCUUCGAAUCACAAGCAAAAUGGAUAGCACAAAUACUAUCCGGCAAAAGAAGUCUUCCUUCAUGGGAUGAGAUGAUGAACUCAAUCCAAGAAUUUUAUAAUUCAAGAGACAUUGCAGGAAUUCCAAAACACAACACACAUGACAUUGCAAACUUUGAGUACUGUGAUAAAUAUGGAGAUUUCUGUGAUUUCCCACACCUUGAAGAAUGGAGGAAACAACUCUGCCUUGCAGCACUGAAGAACUCAGAGAAAAACUUAGAGACAUACCGAGAUCUCUGGGACGACGACGAAGUCCUCCAAGAAGCUCUGCAAAGCUCUCAUUUCACUCAAAUAGACCCUGAAUCAAUUCCCCUCUGAAGCCAUGAAUCAAGUUCUCAUUGAUUGUUACAAUUAAAUUAUUUUAAAAAAAAAAUCAAGCAAGAAAUCUCCAUUUUGUUUUACCAUAUUGCAAGAGAUAUAAGCACAUAUAUGUACUGCUAUUCCUCCUAUCAAACAAACACAUUUUAUUUCUGGCAAAGUAUUAAAUAAAACAUAGUCAUG